AUGUCGCUUCAACUGAUAUGUACAAUUAUUGCUUGUUUUCUUAAUUCCAUACUACUUGUAUUAAUUUGGACAAAGUCUCCAGUUCAAACAGGGAAAUAUCGAUGGCUAAUGACGUUUACCGCAUGCUUUGAAAUAUUCUGGGGGCUUUUUGAUUUGCCAGCGGAAAUUAUUGCUCAUUCCGCUGGAUGUUCGUUCAUUGUUUUUCGUAUUAACUAUGAAGAUUCAGUGAUCGGCUCUCAAUAUUCAAUCAUUUUAUUAAUGAUUUAUGCUGGGAUUUUUGGGGCAUCGAUGGCGGUUUUCGCAUCCCAUUUUAUUUAUAGAUAUGGGUGCAUUGAAAAAACAUUCGGUACAAAAUGCACAUCUAAUUGGAGAUUUGGUUUUCUUUUUAUUGUUCCACUACUUUAUGGCGUUUGGUGGGGAACUCUUGUGAACAUAUGGUGGAGGGCCAAUCCAGAUAUGGACGAAUAUGCAAGUAUCAUUGUCGAUUGUACAGUAGGUUUACCUAUUGAAAAUGUAACAUACUUUGGUGCAAAGUUUUACAAUUUUGAUAAAAAUGAAACAAUGUCCAUCAACCUACCUGCAUGGAUCGGAGUAUGUCAGACAUCGUUCAUGGUGAGCUCUUCACUGAUGUGCGUAUUUAUAUUCGGUGUUUUAUGUUAUAAACGUCUGUCUAACACCCUAUCUAUAGUAUCGGACGCUGCCAACAAUUUACAAAAACAAUUAUUUUAUUCAUUAGUACUACAGACUCUAAUUCCACUUGUUCUAAUGCACUUUCCAAUCACGAUAUUUUUUAUUGGACCUAUGCUUACCCUGGAUACUGAUUUCACAACAUAUGUUGUACUGAACACAAUUAUAAUGUAUCCAGCAAUUGAUCCACUUCCAAACUUUAUCAUAAUUAAAAGCUAUCGAGAAUCAGUGAAAGCUUGUGUUCGAACUGUGUUAUUUCUGGGUCCAAGCAAUUCUCAAGUUGUGCACAAUGCAUAUAGUAUGCCUUCUGUAAAUAGUAUUGUCAAUCGUGUAGUUACUUAA